AUGACUACACCACUAUCGAGUUAUUCAACUACUGUUACAAAUCACCAUCCCACAUUUAGUUUUGAAAGUUUAAACUCAAUAACUAGUAACAAUUCAGCGAAGAAUAAUCAGUCGAACAGUGUGAACAAUUUAUUGUAUUUUAAUUCCAGUGGUUCAAGUAUGGUGUCAUCAUCUUCAGAUGCUGCACCCACAAGUGUAACCACUGCUACAACAUCAACGACUUCAAUGACAGAUACAGGUACCAAUGCUGAUGAUCAGCAGGUGUACACUAUCACAGAAGAAAACAGCGUCAACGAAAUUAAUCGAAAGGAGGAAAAUUCGUACAGUAUACAACAGAAUGAAACCCCAACAAUGUUGCCGACCUCAUCUUAUACCUUACAACGACCACCAGGUUUGCAUGAGUAUACUUCAUCGAUAUCAUCAAUUUCAUCAACAAGCUCCAACUCCACAUCAGCGCCAGUAUCCCCCGGGUUAAUAAAUUAUUCGCCGAAGCAUUCUCGAAAACCCAAUUCUUUAAACUUGAACCGAAACAUGAAAAACCUAUCCUUAAACUUGCAUGACUCAACAAACGGAUACACUAGUCCUUUACCAAAACCGACAGGCUCAAGUCAACCAAGAAAUAAUUCUACCAAUGAUUCACCAAGCAAGCGAAGUACCCCUGUUAAUCGCAUCGACAGUAACAAUGCCAAUGAUUACAUAAAUGUUUCCUUAUUGCAUACACCAUCGAUAACUGAAACACCAACCAUACCUCCUCCAAUAUCACAUAUUCAGGGUCCACCCAGUAGUGUAGGAUCCGAAUCACUAUAUAAGUUUCCACCAAUAAGCAAUCCUUGUUUGAACUAUUCUGCUAGUGAUUCUGUUGGUGAAAUUGAAUCAGUGUCCAUGAAACAGGUUAAACAGAACAGAAUUAUACCGCCAAUGGCUCCACCAUUCGCUUUACAAUCGAAAUCAUCUCCACUUUCCACUCCUCCUAGAUUACACAGUCCACUAGGUGUAGAUAGAGGCUUAUCAAUAUCCAUGUCUCCUAUACAAUCAUCACUCAAUCAAAAAUUCAAUAAUAUAGCAUUGCAAACACCUUUGGAAUCUUCAUUCCUGAUAAAUAAUGAAGAAACGAUAAAUUUUAACAACAAUAAUGGCACUGCAACUACCACUAUCACCAAUACCAUCUUAUCAACACCACAAAAUGUGAGAUACAAUUCCAAGAGAUUUCAUGCCCCUGAAGAAUUACAAGAACUGACAUCAAUAAAUGCAUAUCCAAAUGGACCGAAAAAUGUGUUGAACAAUUUGAUUUAUUUGUAUUCAGAUCCAGUUCAAGGGAAAAUAGAUAUCAAUAAGUUUGAUUUGGUAAUCAAUGUGGCGAAAGAAUGUGAGAACUUGUCUCGAGUGUAUAUUAACCAAGUUCCUGAUCAACGAGAAUAUGUGUAUAUUCCCUGGUCACAUAAUUCAAAUAUAUCAAAAGAUUUAUUUCAAAUAACCAAUAAGAUUGAUCAAUUUUUCACUACUGGACGGAAAAUAUUGAUUCAUUGUCAAUGUGGAGUGUCACGAUCUGCCUGUGUAGUUGUGGCAUAUUAUAUGAAGAAAUUCCAAUUGGGAGUUAAUGAAGCUUAUGAAUUAUUAAAGAAUGGUGAUCAAAAAUAUAUUGAUGCCUGUGAUCGAAUAUGUCCUAAUAUGAGUUUAAUUUUUGAAUUGAUGGAAUUUGGGGAUAAAUUAAAUAACAAUGAAAUAAGCACUCAACAAUUAUUAAUGAAUAGUCCACCCACCAUUAAUUUAUAA